GAGCUUCCGGGUGUAAGGGGGUGGGGAUCGUUGUAGUUCGGAGGAGAGGAUGGAGCUGGAGCGGAUCGCGCUGCCCCCCCCCGGGGCGCUGGAGCUGCCGCUGGCGCUGUUGGAGCUCGGCUGUGCCGGGCGCUUCGAGCUUCUGCGGGGACCCCCGGGGGGGGCGGCACCCCCACAUCGCACCACGCUCCCGCAGGGGCUCCCCCCCUUCACGCUCCCCCCCUCGUUGGAGCUGGAGCAGCGAUUUUUGGGGUCCCCCGAAUGGCUGCCCCCCCACCAGCACCAGCGGGCACCCAGGCAAUGGGAUCGGGCGCCGCAGCCGCGGAAUCUCUUUGCGUUGGAACCGACCCCCCCCGGGGGGGCUCUGAGGGCGCUGAGGGACCCCCAUAGUGGGGCCUUGAGGGGCUUCUGCGAGGAGCCCCUCCCCGCCAGUCUCUCCCCCCGCAGCUCGCUCUCGCUCCAGCGCCCCCCCGCGCCCCCCCAGAGCGGCCCCAGCGCCCCCUUCUGGCCAGGGGGUCUGGACGAGCCCAGCCUGGAGCAGCUUCGCGCCCCCCCCGGCGACGAAGAGGAAGACAUUGACUUCGAGAGGGGGCUGCUGACGACCCCCCCUGGCAUGAAACGUGGCGUCGACUUCGAACCUUCAGGGGCGCCCGCGCGGGGACCCCUCUCUCUUUCCAGCCUCCUCGGUGCCCUCGACGCCUUCGAUCUGGGGGGGUCCGAACCUUCGGGGGGGUCCGAAGCCUCUGGGGGGGCUUUGGGGGGGUCCAAACCCUUCGGGGGGGGCAGUUCCGCCCCCCCUUCGCCCCCCCCGUGCCCCCCCCGCCGCGCCGACAGUCUGGAGGAGCUGCUGCAGCCCCCUCCCCUCAAGGGGGAAGGGCCCCCCCCGGCCCCCCCCGAGGCCCCCCCGGCCCCCCCCGAGGAAGAAUGGGCGGAACUGAUCGACGCCAGCGCCCCCGUCCCCGACUUCGAGACCCUCGUGCCCGACCCGGCCUUCAAGUGGCCCUUCACCCCCGACCCCUUCCAGCAGCGCGCGGUGCUGUGUUUGGAGCGCGGACAUUCGCUGCUCGUGGCCGCCCACACCUCUGCCGGCAAAACCGCCGUGGCCGAGUACGCCCUGGCGCUGGCCCGGAGACACCUCACCCGGGCCAUCUACACAUCUCCCAUCAAAGCUCUUUCGAACCAGAAGUUCCGGGAGUUCCGGGCGGCGUUCGGCGAGGCGGGCGUGGGGCUGCUGACAGGGGACGCGCAGCUGCGCCCCGACGCCCCCUGCCUCGUCAUGACCACCGAGAUCCUGAGGUCGAUGCUCUACAAUGGCUCUGAGGUUUUGCGAGACCUGGAAUGGGUGAUUUUUGAUGAGGUUCAUUACAUUAACGAUGAAGAGCGAGGGGUGGUGUGGGAGGAGGUGCUGAUAAUGCUCCCCGAACACGUUCGCCUCGUCCUGCUCAGCGCCACCAUCCCCAACGCCAUGGAGUUCGCCCAGUGGGUCGGACGUACAAAGCGCCGUCGGCUGCGGGUGCUGAGCACGCGGCGUCGCCCGGUGCCGCUGCAGCAUUUCCUCUUCGCCGGGGGGGCCCUCGGCUCCCGCCCCCCACAGCUCUUCCUCCUGCUCGACGCCAACGGGCACUUCAGCACCCAGGCGUACUAUGAGGCCGUAGAGGCCAAGAAGCAGCAGAUGAGCAAAUUCGCGCAGAGCUUUGGGGCGCGGCAGCCGGGGGGGGGCAGCACCCCGGGCCAGGACCGGGGGGCCUGGCUGGCGCUGCUGGGGCUGCUGCGGGCGCAGGGGCUGCUCCCGGCCGUCGCCUUCACCUUCUCGCGUGGAGGAUGCGACGCUCGCGCCGCCGCGCUGGGACCCCUCGACCUCCUGAGCAGCGCCGAGCGGACGCGAGCCCGAGCCUUCCUGCAGCGAUGCCUCUCCCGCCUCGGCGCGCCCGACCGCAAACUGCCCCAGGUGGUUCGGCUGUCGGAGCUGCUGCUGCGUGGGAUCGGGGUCCAUCACGGGGGGGUUCUGCCCCUCCUCAAGGAGGUCGUGGAGAUGCUCUUCAGCCAAGGGCUCGUCAAGCUGCUCUUCGCCACCGAGACCUUCGCCAUGGGGGUGAACAUGCCGGCGCGCACCGUCGUCUUCGACUCCAUCCGCAAACACGACGGCAACGGCUUCCGCGACCUCCUGCCCGGUGAGUACGUGCAGAUGUCGGGCCGGGCCGGGCGCCGCGGUUUGGACGCCACGGGCUGCGUCAUCGUCCUGUGCCGCGGAGCCGUCCCUGAGCUCGCCGACCUGCACCGCGUCAUGCUGGGCCGCGCGGCGCCGCUGCAGUCGCGGUUCCGCCUGACGUACGGGAUGGUUCUGGCUCUGCUCCGCGCCCGCGCUCUGCGCCUCGAGGAUGUGCUGCGGCGCAGCUUCGCCGAGUUCCCCCGACAGCGACACGCCACGGCGCAGGAGCAUCGGCUGCGGGAGCUGCGGGGGGCGCUGGCGGCUUUGGGGGACCCCGAGGCGGGGGGGGCCCUCCCCGACCUGCCCCCCUAUCACCGCACCGUCACCGAGCUGCGGGCGGCGAGGGGGGUCCUGCAGCGUCACCUGGCGCAGUCGCCGUCGGGGCUGCGGGUGUUGGCGCCGGGACGCGUGGUCGUCGUCUGCACCCCAAAACACCCCAAUGCCCUGGGGGUCAUCCUGCAGGUCUCCCCCGACAGCUCCGGCCGUACCUUCUCGACGCUGGUGCUGAGCGACCCCCCCGCCCAGGAUGGGGGGUCCCCCCCGGCCCCCCCCGACGCCCCCCGCCCCGAGGACCUGCUGCUCACCCGCCUCUUCCUGCCCGAGGGCCCCCCCGCGGCGGUGCUGGCGCAGGUGCCCCCCGAGGGCAUCGUGGGGAUCACGUCCAAGACGCUGCGAGUGAACCCCGAAACUCUGCUGCGGGCGUUGGGCCCCCGCUCCCCCCCCAGCCCCGAGGUGGGGUCUGUGGUUCAGGAGCUGCUGCGGCUGUCGGGGGGGGGGGGUCCCCCCCUUUUGGAUUUGGGGUCCCUCCCCCUCCGCACCCCCGAAGCCGUGGAAGCGGCCGCUCACGUCCGGAGCCUCUCGGCCGCUCUCGGCUCCUUCCGCUGCGUCCACAGCCCUCGCUUUGCCCAAGAGUAUGCCCAGUUUGACGCCCGUCAGGAGCUGCAGCAGCAACUGGAGCAGCUCCAGUUCCAACUCUCGGAUCAGGCGCUGGAGCUGCUGCCCGAGUACCACCAGCGCCUCCAGGUGCUGCGGGCUCUGGGCUAUGUGGGUCGGGGGGACGCGGUGGCUUUGGGGGGACGCGUGGCUUCGCUGCUGAGCGCCCACGAACUGCUGCUGACGGAGCUGCUGUUGGGUAACGUUCUGGCGCCGCUGCGCCCCGAGGAGUGCGCGGCUCUGCUGGCCUGCACGGCCGGGGGGGGCCGCGGGGACCCCCCGAAGCGCCUGCCCCCCGCCCUGCUGCAGGCGGUGGAGCAGGUCCGGGGGGUCGCUCUGCGCCUCGGGCGCCUCCAGCAGGAGAUGGGGCUCCCCCAGAACCCCCAGGACUGCGUCGACGAGCUCGGCUUCGGCCUCACCGAGGUCGUCUACGAGUGGGCGAGAGGCGUGCCCUUUGCGGAGCUGCCGGGACUGCCGGGGCUGCAGGAAGGCGCAGUGGUGCGGUGCAUUCAGCGCCUGGAGGAGCGCUGCCGAGAGCUGCGGAGCGCCGCGCGCCUCGUGGGGGAACCCGCCCUCGCCGCCAAGAUGGAGGCGGCCGCCACCGCCAUCAAGCGCGACAUCGUCUUCGCCGCCAGUCUCUACACCCAAUAAAGGCCGUGAA